AAUCGAGGUUCAAACUGAGUGAUGACAAGAGUAAGCAACAAUACGGAUAGUGUGAUCUUGUUCGGUAUCUGAAACGAGUAAUCUAUAAAUACUAGUGUAAAACAGACCAGUUUCACUCACUAUAAUCUGCAAAAAUGUGGUUUGUAAGUAGAGUUAGCCUUUUGUUCCUCUUUGCAUGGUUAGCUUUUCGAGCUAUCUUAGUCUCAGGAAAUGAUAGGUCUGUUUACAUUGUUCACAUGGACAAGUCACUGAUGCCGAAGGCUUUUGCUAGCCAUCACAUUUGGUACUCCACCACCAUAAACUCUGUCGAUUCUCUGAACCAUCAAUCUUCUCCGUCACUUCUCUACACUUAUGAUCAUGCAUUUCAUGGUUUUUCUGCGUUGUUAUCUGCAGAUGAGUUGGAAGUGUUGAAGAAGAGUUCGGGGUUUGUCUCAGCUUAUAGUGACAAAAAGGUCACAGUUGAUACUACGCGUACAGCUGACUUCCUUUCUCUUAGUCCUACGACAGGUCUCUGGCCAGCCUCGGAUUAUGGGAGUGAUGUCAUUAUUGGUGUCAUUGACUCUGGUAUUUGGCCCGAGAGUGCAAGCUUUAAGGACGAUGGAAUGUCUGAGGUUCCCUCGAGAUGGAAAGGGACUUGUGAAGUUGGACAAGAGUUCAAUGCUUCAAAUUGUAACUUGAAGUUGAUUGGAGCUAGGUACUUCAAUAAGGGUCUUCGCGCUUCAAAUCCUAACAUUACCAUCAGUAUGAAUUCUGCUAGAGAUACAGACGGACAUGGGACACACACGUCCUCAACAGCUGGUGGAAACUAUGUUGAAGGUGUAUCGUAUUUUGGCUAUGCCUCAGGAACUGCACGAGGGAUGGCUCCAAGAGCAAGAUUGGCCAUAUACAAGGUCCUCUGGGAUGAGGGAAGAUCCGCUGCAGAUGUUCUUGCCGGUAUGGAUCAGGCUGUUGCUGAUGGCGUUGAUGUCAUAUCAAUUUCCUUGGGCUUUGAUGGAAUGCCUUUGUAUGAAGAUCCUAUAGCUAUAGCUUCUUUCGGAGCCAUGGAAAAAGGUGUGCUUGUUUCUUCUUCUGCAGGAAACGAAGGACCUGAUAUCGGGUCACUUCACAAUGGUUUUCCAUGGAUCCUAACUGUUGCAGCAGGAACACUUGAUCGCACAUUAGGCGGGAACUUAAUUCUGGGCAACGGGUUAAGCCUCACUGGCUGGACUACAUUCCCCGCAAAAGCCUUCGUAAAAGAUGUCCCUCUUCUUUACAACAAAACGAUCUCAACUUGCGAUUCAGCAGAGCAGAUAUCGCUAGUUUCCAGUAACUCAAUCAUUAUUUGUGACAAUAAGAAUUCCUCAGUAUACAAUAUGUUGUCUAUUGUUGCAAACUCAAAUGCUGUUGCUGCUGUCAUUAUAUCCGAUGAACAAUCAGUCUUGAGUGAUGAUUUUCCGUAUCCUGGAGUUCUAAUCAGGCCGAAGGAAGGACUUGAUGUGCUCAAAUACGCUGAAACAAGUUAUAAGCCAUCAGCUAGCAUCACAUUCCAGCAAACCUCUGUUGGCACAAAACCUGCACCUGCAGUUGCUAAAUUUACUUCAAGAGGCCCUUCAGCUAGUAAUCCAGGUAUCUUGAAGCCAGACAUCAUGGCUCCCGGGACGUUAGUCUUAGCUGCUUGGAGUCCAAAUGCUCCAUCAUCUACUAUCAAACCUAACAUACAAUUGUCUAGUGAUUUCAAUGCACUUUCAGGAACAUCGAUGUCAUGUCCUCAUGCAUCGGGUCUUGCAGCUCUGCUAAAAGGCGCACACCCUGAAUGGAGCCCUGCAGCUAUCCGUUCUGCAAUGAUGACCACCGCAAACCCUCUGGACAAUUCACAAAAUCAGAUUCAAGAUAUCGGCACAAAUUUUGGAAUUGCUACUCCUUUAGCAAUGGGAGCUGGUCAGAUUGAUCCUAACCGUGCCCUCAAUCCAGGACUUGUGUAUGAUGCCACAGCGCAGGACUACAUUAACUUUCUCUGCUCGAUGAAUUUUACAGGAAAUCAAAUCUAUACCAUCACAAGAUCCAAUUUCAAUUGCUCAAGCCCAUCUUCUGAUCUAAAUUACCCGUCCUUUAUCAGCUUGUAUAACAGUACUCUGGCUACUGGUGCAAUAACAACGGUACAAUAUUAUUCAAGGACCAUCACAAAUGUGGGAGACGGUGCAGCAACUUACAAGGCUAAAGUGUCCGCGCCAAAGGGCUCAGUUGUGACAGUUUCACCAGAUACACUAGUAUUCGGCAAAAUGUACGAGAAAUUGAGUUACUCCAUAGCAAUAGCUUUUACAGGUGACAAGAAUGGAACUGUUACAUUUGGCUCACUCACUUGGAUUGACGACAACUCGAAAUAUAGUGUGAGGAGUCCAAUAGUGAUAUCACCGAUGUUUCUACUUUUGUUUGCAUGUUUGGCUUUUCAAGCAAUCUUGAUUUCUGGGAAUGACAGGUCUACUUAUAUUGUUCACAUGGACAAAUCAUUGAUGCCAGAGGCUUUUGCUAGCCAUGAUCUUUGGUACUCAAGCACCAUUGAUUCUGUCAAGGCUCAGGAUCUCGAAUCGUCUCCAUCUCUGGUGUAUACUUAUGAUCAUGCGUUUCAUGGCUUUUCUGCAUUGCUAUCGAAAGAUGAAUUGGAAACACUAAAGAAGUCUCCAGGGUUUGUGUCAGCUUAUAGUGACAAGAAUGUUACACUUGAUACCACUCAUACAUUUGAGUUUCUUUCUCUUAAUCCUGUUACAGGUCUAUGGCCUGCCUCGGAUUAUGGGAAAGAUGUUAUUAUUGGUGUGAUUGACACGGGUAUUUGGCCCGAGAGUGCAAGCUUUAAGGAUGAUGGAAUGUCUGAGGUUCCCUCGAGAUGGAAAGGGACUUGUGAAGUUGGACAAGAGUUCAAUGCUUCAAAUUGUAACUUGAAGUUGAUUGGAGCUAGAUACUUUAAUAAGGGUGUUUUUGCUGCUAAACCUAAUGUUACUCUGAGUAUGAACUCUGCUAGAGACACCGGAGGACAUGGGACACACACUUCCUCAACAGCUGGUGGAAACUAUGUUGAAGGGGCAUCAUAUUUUGGCUAUGCCUCAGGAACUGCACGAGGGAUGGCUCCGAAGGCAAGAUUGGCUAUGUAUAAGGUUAUUUGGCAUGAGGGACGAUAUGCUUCAGAUGUUCUUGCCGGUAUGGACCAGGCUGUUGCUGAUGGUGUUGACAUCAUUUCAAUUUCCAUGGGCUUUGAUGAUGUGCCUUUGUAUGAAGAUCCUAUCGCUAUAGCUUCCUUCGGAGCCAUGGAAAGAGGUGUGCUUGUUUCUUCUUCAGCAGGAAAUGGUGUCCCUGAACCUGGAAAUAUGCAUAAUGGUAUUCCAUGGGUCUUAACAGUUGCAGCAGGCUCCAUUGAUCGAACACUAGGUGGGAACCUGAUUUUGGGAAACGGGGUGAGCCUCACUGGCUGGACCAUGUUCCCUGCUAAAGCCUUGGUGGAAGAUGUCCCCCUUUUCUACAACAAAAAUAUUUCCACUUGCGAUUCUGCUGAGAAGUUAUCAGGGAUUAGCAACGCCAUCAUAAUUUGCAAAAAUAAAUAUUCUGCAGCUCUUGACAUGUUGUCAUAUGUUGCUAACUCCAGCGCGGUUGCUGGAAUCAUUAUAUCCGACGAUCAUAUAUACGAGUCCAAUGAUUUUCCUUAUCCUGGAGUCGUAAUUAGCACCAAGCAGGGACUUGAUGUGAUUAAGUACGCAGAAACAACUUCAAAACCUACAGCUAGCAUCACGUUCCAACAAACCUUUGUUGGCACGAAGCCUGCUCCUGCGGUUGCUGGAUAUAGUGCAAGGGGGCCUUCACCAAGUUAUCCUGGUAUUUUAAAACCAGACAUCAUGGCACCAGGGACAUUAGUCUUAGCUGCAUGGAAUCCCGAUAGGCCACUCGGGCAAAUACCCAGUAUUGCACCUAACAUACAAUUGUCUAGUGAUUUCAAUGCAAUUUCAGGAACAUCAAUGGCAUGUCCUCAUGCUUCUGGCCUUGCCGCUCUUCUAAAAGGCGCACACCCUGAAUGGAGCCCUGCAGCUAUCCGUUCUGCAAUGAUGACCACCGCAAACCCUCUGGACAAUUCACAGCACCAGAUUAAGGAUAUUGGAAGUCAUUUUGAAAUUGCUACUCCACUAGCAAUGGGAGCUGGCCAGGUUGAUCCUAAUCGUGCCCUCAAUCCAGGGCUUGUAUACGACGCCACAACACAAGACUAUGUCAACUUACUCUGCUCAAUGAAUUUUACCAUGAAUCAAAUCUAUACCAUCACAAGAACCAAUAUUAGUUGCUCCAAUCCAUCUUCUGAUUUAAAUUACCCGUCAUUCAUUAGCUUGUAUGACAGUACUUUGGCUACUGGUGGAAUAACAACGGUACAACAUUAUUCGAGGACUGUCACAAAUGUUGGAGAUGGUGCAGAGGCUAAAGUGUCCGCGCCAAAGGGUUCAGUUGUCACAGUUUCACCAGAUACACUAGUAUUCGGCAAGAUGUACGAGUAAUUAAGUUACUCCAUAGCAAUAGCUUUUACAGGUGACAAGAACGGAACUGUCACAUUUGGUUCACUUACCUGGAUUGAAGAGAACAUGAAAUAUAGUGUCAGGAGUCCGAUAGUGAUAUCACCGAUGGUGAAUCCAUGGUCAUAAAAUUUAUCCAGCAAUAAUUUAUCAAUAUCGACCUUCGUCAUCUUCAAAAACCUGCUCACAAUGUGACAAUGCAAGAAACAAAUGGAUUUUGAAGGUAAUAAUAUGUGUUGACUGACCUGGAGUUUAUCACAUGUAUA